AUGGCUUUAACGCAAUAUAUGCCAACCGCGGGCUGUGAGCACCUCGACGCCGACGCCACCAGCAAAAUCAGCGCCUUCCGUAACAACAGCAACAACCACCUGGACCCGGACUUUGCAACCUACUCGUGCGUCUCAUGCUCCUUCUCCGGCAGCUUCGCCGUGCUUAACAAGCACCUCUCCAAAACCCAGCAUGGGUUCGCCGUCUCCCACACCUCGGUGUACUGCGGGCACUGCAACGACCUGAUCUACGACCCGGCCCUGUUAGUCAGCAGCGGCAAAGCUAGCGCCAUCAGCAGCAAGAGCAUCAACGGGGUCAAGCGGAAAAUCUCAGAAUCCAACGACGGGGAGGACGACUCGUACUUGACGGCAAACACCUCGCAGCGGCCGUGCGGCAGAACCGGUGUUCGGGGUCUGUUCAACUUGGGCGAGACGUGCUACAUGAACGCCGUGCUGCAGAUGAUGGUGCACAAUUCGCUGCUGGCCAGCUAUUUCUUGGGCAUGGGCCAUCCGAUCCACACGUGCCCGAUCUCCAAGGAACCCGACAACAAGAAGGACAACAAGAACGACUCGGACGAUGAUGACGACGACGACGGAUCUGCAGAAGGCUCUCAGAACAAGGAGCAGAAGACUUGCGUCGCCUGUGGCAUGACGGAGCUCUUCUCAGAUGUUACCAUGGUGGAUCAGCCUCUUCCCGCCCACGCUGUCAAUCUCUUGUUUGCUUCGUGGAAAAACAUCCCGCAAAUGUCCGGCAAAGGCCAGCAAGACGCCCAAGAGUGGUUCAUCUGCAUCAUUGACCGGCUGCACGAGGGGGUCGCGCAGUACAUCUCCACGGCGGAAAACAAAUCCCACGCGACCAACCAGGCCAAUGGGAUCGCCACGCUGGACAAGCAAUGCGUCUGCUUCUUCCACAAGGUCUUUUACGGGCGCUACAACAGCCAGAUCACUUGUGACACGUGCCACACGGUGUCGAGCAGGGAGGACGAGUUCUCGAGCAUCUCGCUGGAUUUCCAGAAACAGAUGAAGAAGAGGAAGAAAGGGGCGACCAAGGACGCCGGUGGUGGUGGAAGUGGGACCAACAAAGAAUCCGCCUCGAAAGAAAAGGACUCUGCCGGCGGCAAUGAGGGAAGCAAAGACGACAGCAAGGAAAAGGGCAACAAGGACGACAAGGACACGAAGAAAGGCGGCGACACCUCCAAAUCCUCCCUCAAGGACAAGGCCGCCGCGGCCUCUGCGGACCUCAAAAUCACCAUCCCGACCAUCCAAGACUGCCUGCGCGCAUUCACCGCACCGGAACCUCUAUCUCCAGAGCAGUACAAGUGCAACAACUGCAACACGCGCCGGUCGGCGUCCAAGCAGACGCGCAUCCGGAAAUUGCCCGCCAUCCUGUGCGUGCACGUCAAGCGGUUCGGCAUGAAGCAGAACGCCGGCGGCGUGUUUGGACCGGAAAAGUACGAGGGCAAGAUCGACUUUGGCUUGCACCUCGACAUGGCGCCGUACACUACGCGGCCUCCGACCAAGGGCACCGCGACCGCCGAGGCGUCGGUCAAGAAGGAGAAGAAAGACGGCGAGGCCGGCGAGAAGAAGGAAAAGGAAAAGGGCAAGGAGACCAAGGGUGCGUCUGCUUCCGCGAAAGCCAGUACCGGAGCGAGAAAGGAGAGCGACUUCAUGUACGACCUCGACUGCGUGGUCGUGCACCAGGGCGAGCACGCCCAGAACGGCCAUUACUUUGCCUUUUGUCGCCAGGACAACAAGUGGUUCCGCUUCGACGACGAGAUUGUCAGUGCGACCACCACCGAGGAUGUCUUGCGACAGGAGGCUUAUCUCCUGUUCUACAGCUUGCGCAGUCUGGAGAAGAUCUGA